ACGACCGGUGGUCGGAGGUGGGGUAUCAGAGGAGCCCCAGGCGCCCGCAGCAGGUCAACCGAGGCGUCGGAGGUCGUCAGGGGGUGCGCGUCGACCGCGACAGUGUCGUCGUUCGAGGGACGUUGUUUGCGACAGUCGGGUAGCAUGGCGAAAGAGAGUGAGGCAGCAUCCAGCACGGGUCUGCUGGGAAGACUUCUGGGAGCGCUCAACCCGUGGCGAUCAGCCGAGCAGGAGGACGUGACUUUUCCACAGCCUCUGGUGGAGCCUGAAGCCCCGGCGGAAUCCUUACCGGCUGUAAAGGAGUCCGUACCGGCCGAAGAGGAGUCCACACCGGCUGCGGAAAAGUCCACACCGGCUGAGCCCGCACCGGCUGCAGUGGAGUCCACGCCUGUCCCGACAGAGUCCCAGCCGUGUCCGGAAUCCGGCGCCGCUGACAGCUCUGAGUCUGACUCACAAGCCGACAACCCGUUCUCAAUUUUCGGUCUACCGUCGACCCAGUCCAACAAACAGGAGACCCCCGACCGAGCUGAGGAGCAGCGCCCGGCUAAAGGAAGGGGAAAGGGGAAGAAAGUUCGCCAGGCCCGCGGAAAGGGCGACCCUGCCGAGCCCCGGCGAUCGGCCAAAAAGCCGCCGAUGAGAACGGCCCGUGACGUCAUCAACCGAAUCCAGUGGGACCGUAAUCUGCCCGAGGAUUACUUCGAUAUUGGUUAUCUGGACAGGUUCCUCGGAGUGGUGGAGAAGCCGUUCGCAUCGUUCACCUGGGGCGAUCUGCCGUGGCAGGAGUACGACGUCCUGGCCAUCCCUCAGCACCGCAUCCAGUACUUCACCUACCGGGGUGUGCGAGUCUGGGACAAGGCCAGUCGGCUAGACGCCGUGUUCGGUAGCGCAGGCACCACUGAGGACAUUGAGGUGGCGAUGACCCGCAUUGACGCGCAGGUGGAAGAGGAGCGAGAGCGGCGCGCCGCGGAGGCCCGUUUGGCCCCCGCUGACGGGGCGUGGUUCAGUGACAGUGAUGACGAGGAUGACGUGCAGGUGGACCUGCAGCCGGCCGUGACGCCCGCGCCCGCCGCCGGGGUGCCUGAGGAGGAGCGCUCCACCCACUUCCUGGCGGUGCGGGUCAACAGCGAGGAGGUGCGCGCGGCAGCUGAGCGAGUCCAGGCGUCCGUAGUGCGCCACGACCCGUCGCUGGGCGCGUGCGCCAUGCGGCCCGCGUUGAUGCACGUCACCAUCUGCAUGUUGCGCGUGCAGGACGCCGAGGCGGUAGCCGCCGCCGGUCGCUGCGUCACCGACACCAUCGACGAGCUGCGCGAGACACUGCGCGACGACGACUGCAUGCUACGCAUGCGCGGCCUGCGCACGUUUGGCGCGCGCGUGCUCUACGCGUCGGUAGCGCCGUGCAUCUCGUUCUGCGCCGCCGUGGAGGUCCUCCGUGAGCGGCUCUCCGCCGUGCCGGGAGUGCGCGUCACCAACGCGUUCGACUACGUGCCGCACAUGACGCUGGUCAAGGUGUCGCGGCCGGUGGCACGCGCCCGACGCUCGCGCUUCAUCGACGCCGCCGGGUAUGCGUCGAUGGAGAACGAGACGCUGGGAGAGCAGCGGUUUGACAAUGUGAACCUGUGCGCCAUAGACGCUGACUGCGGCCUGGGCGGCUUCUACCUGACAGAGGCUUCAAUCUUCUUCUAGACAGACCUGACCCUCACCUAGAUUUUAGUAACCUGAGCGGUCAAUUAAGUAGCGGUCCACUGUCAAAAAGAUACGGCUCCCAUGGUUACAAUGCACAUGACAUUCAUGUACGGUAUUUUGCGCUAGUUGUCUGACAAGAGUAAACAGCACUUUGGAGAUGAAUACCAGAAAAAGACUAGUAGAUUUAAUAGCACUUUACGACGGCAGCAGACACAUUUAACGCACUGUGACGCAUCGACUUUGUCAUAUCCGUCCAAUGGCAGGAUGGCAAGGGACAUCGCGAACAUGUGUCAUGUAAUCUAGUCAAUGUCAGCUUGCCGAUCAUUCAAUCAGUGAAUGACACGUGAUAUGAAUGAGCCUAAUACAAUUUACGCAGCUCGUAAA